AUUAAAAGAAUGUAAUAAAAUUUUGCUUAUAUUUUUUAGGCUUAUACUCGAAAAUCAUCGAAUAUAGAAUCAAUACGAGAAAUUUUGUCACAAAAAAAAUUCGAAUGUCGAAGUAAACAAUGCUGGUUAGAUAUAAUAUUGCAAAUGUAUAAGUGUUUCGUAUUAAGAAGUGAAUUUGAAAAUAAAAAUAGGAUAGAUUCUCCUUCAUUCAUUCCUUCAUUAUCAUUUAGACGAUCUAUACGAGAUUCUCAACAAUCUGGAGCAUUAUCUUUUUCAAAUUUCCAUAAAGGAUCUGAAAAUAUAAUUAUUGAAAAUAUUCAUUCAAAGAUCAUCGAUAAAUCAUCCGAUAUUAAUUAUUAUUCUCUCGAAGAACGAUUGUUAUUGGGGUGGUUGUCUUACCAUUAUGAAGAAGGACGUAAACAAGAAUGGAUGACUGAUUUUCGCGUAGUGUUAAAUCCCUAUGAGAGUAAAGAUAUAGCAGAGGCACGUAACAUUAAAAAUUUUGAUAAAGAUUUGUCGGAUUCUUUGGUAUUAAUUACCGUAACAGCUGCUUAUUGUCCUUUUCUUAUCGAAGAAAGUUUAAAUAAUAUCUAUAUCCAGCCACGAAACUAUGAAGAGGUAUUAUAUGUACAUGCAACAUUUAAUAAUCGUCUUAUUUAUACGGCUCAUUCUCAUUUUAAUUAUAUAAAUAAAUUAAUGGUAGUAUUUAAAUGAUAAUUG